CCCAGGGAGACGUACUUAGAAGAAAGUACUUCCUGAGCGAAGAAGCAGCCGUCGGAGAAACCAGCAUGAGGAGCUCCUGGGAAACCGCCAUGGUCAAGUCUUUGCUACUGUUGAUGUUGGGGCUUGCCAUUCUGGGAGAGGCAGCAGCUCGGAAGAACCCCAAAGCAGGGAUUCCUGCCCUGCAGAAGGCUGAGAAUUGCCCUCCUCUGGAGGAUAACAAUGUGAGAGUUGACAUUCGCAUCUUCAAUCAAAAUCAGCGCAUUUCUGUCCCACAUGAUUUCCAGAACCGCUCCACCUCCCCGUGGGAUUACAACAUCACCCGAGACCCCCUCCGGUUCCCCUCAGAGAUCGCUGAGGCCCAGUGCAGACACUCAGGCUGCGUCAAUGCCCAGGGUCAGGAAGACCGCUCCAUGAACUCCGUUGCCAUCCAUCAAGAAAUCCUGGUCCUUCGGAGGGAGCCCCAGGGCUGUUCUAACUCCUUCAGGUUGGAGAAGAUGCUCCUAAAAGUUGGCUGCACCUGCGUCAAGCCCAUUGUCCACCACGCGGCCUGACAAAGCCGAGUACCAAACUCAGCUGAAGACGCCCAGGAAAAGCCUCCUUUUAUCCAGUACUCUGUGUGAAGCCUGAUCUCCAAGUCUUUAUGCUUUCUAGGACUCUCAGUAAGGUGCGCAUAACAUUCUUGAAGCUCUGUAGAAGAUAUCGCUUUAGCUUUCUGGCUUGCUUUAGAAUUGUUACCAGUCCUGGCGUGUUCCAAUGCCUUACUUAAACUCCUGAAAAUGAAAGUGAAUUUAGGCACCCUUGGCCCAGUCUUUUAGUGUUAGAUGAUGACCCCAUUUCUUGUCUGUCAGUACAGUCACCUUGAUGCAGUAUCAUUCUUGUAGAGUUCAAUGAAAUGAACUCUACAAGUUCAAUGCUCAUAUUUCUGAUGGAAAGAAAACAAACGUAAUCAGAAUGUAUGGGAGGAGGCCUGUGUAACAGGGGCUGGGUUGGCAAGGACGAAGCAAGUAGGGGGUAUGUGUAUCUUUAGAAAAAAAUUUGGUAAAUAUAAAUGAGGUUGGCAUAAACUUAUAUAUUUAUAUUUGUAGGGGAACUAUACAUAUAUUUAUGACCUAUUGAUUUAUGUAUCAAUUUGGUGGAAAAUUAAUAUAUCCAUUAAUUAUGUAAUAAAAUAUUUUUAAUU